CAGAGAGCAGCAUGCUGGACCACUCCCAUGGGUGGCGCCACACCGCUUGCAUCGUAGUGCCAUUGCAAUGGCAUCGUUAUGGAGCCGAGGAACCCUGCCUCCAUCUCCACGGAGGUGCUUCUGAUCAAGCACAUGUCAUACUCCACCACUGCUGCAUCAAAGGGAAGUGUGAUUCUUGCCGUCACCGCCUGUGAAGCCAAACUCCUCUUGGGACAACCCGAGGAGCUCGCCAAACACUGCCGUGCCUAGAAACUCACGAUGUCCGCCAUGUACACGACACAUCAGCCCUUGCCAGCCAUUGCCGAGGCGUGUGCACGAUCGUUCAGUUUCUUUCUCUAGCGCCGCCGCCGAUCAGGUGAGCCUCAUCCUGACGAGGACCACCAUCCUCUGCCACUUGGCUAGCUGAGCAAGUCUCCUGGCACUUACCAUGGUAGCUACUUGUCUUUCUGGAAACUGAAGAGAUUCUUCUGUCAGCUCGAGCUUGGAAUGCUUUGUCCUGUGGAUGGAGCGAUGGUGUUUGGAGACACUUAGCCAUGGCUUUAUAUCUCAGGGCUGCAACGGGGUAGCGACAAGGCCAUGAGCAGCCACUCACUGAUGACCCCAAAUCUGGUUCCAUGGAGAUAUCAUAAAAAUCAUUCAUCACAUUGUCUGCAGCUACUUCCACCAACAUUGCUCACAGAGCACUCAUGGCAUUGCCUCCUACCCACCGCUCUUGCUGAUAGCUACACACGACCCACACACAUAUGCACUGCCCUGAGCCCUCUCUUCUUUCGACUAUAAAACCAUGGCCUGCUCAACACAAACUUCAUCUCAUCUGCAAGCAAGAUCACCACACCUUCAGACUUUCAGAACCAAAGUGAAAUUUAGCUAGCCAGGAGCACACCAGACUCAAACAUGAUCCAUCCAAAGAAGCUUGCUCAGCUGGCCAAAAAGUGGCAGAAGAAGGUCGCAGCCAGGGCCGGUGGCCAGCAAGCUGACGAGUGCUGCAGCACAGUCGCUGACAAGGGCCAUUGCGUGGUGUACACAGCCGAUGGGGCGCGGUUCGAGGUCCCACUGGCGUACCUCAACACAACAGUCUUCGCCGAACUCUUGAGGAUGGCUGGGGAGGAGUUUGGCUUCGCGAGCAGCGAGGGUGGCAGGAUCACGCUGCCCUGCAAUGCCGCGGUUAUGGACUAUGUCUUGUGCCUGGUUAGGAGAGAUGCGUCCGAGGAGGUCGAGAGAGCGUUCUUGAGCUCCAUUGUUGGCCAUUGCCAUGGCCAAGAUGCAUCGAUGGGACCCACCCAUCAAUUUGCUCUUUGCACGUAGCUUAGCUACUGAAAAUCUGGAUUUUUUUGGGUCAGAUCUCAAGAAAUUGUACAGUCCGAUACAAGAUUGUAGUAUCAUAGGAAAUGAAACAUGGCGAAUAUAUCUUUUUCUCUCAGAGAAAUCUAAUACUUUGCCACUCUAAA